AUAAAAAGCAAGCAUGGCGCGUACUCUAAGGUGUAGUCCGUAGCAUUUGCAGCCAAUAAAGAUGAUCAACACAUGAAAUACCGCACCUUUGAACUGCCGGACAACGGCCCCCCAUUUCUCCACACAUUUCCGCUAUCCCGCCAGCCCCGCCUACUCUCCUCUUGAUUGUACCCACAUUGCAUUUCAAGAUUGCUUAUUUCUUUUAUUAAAAAGAAUCGCGGGGGGAAUUUUUGUUUUUUAUUGUUGUUGUUAACGAGUGUUGUUGGUCAAUAAUCUGGGUCGGAGCUUUGGGAUUUUCUUGGUUUUGAUAUUCUGGAGCUUGAGGGUUCUGAUCAGAUGCUGGAAGGCGUGGCGCAUCCCCCCUGCAGCCUCGAUGAUUCCCCCAUGUUUCGCCAGCAGAUGCAAUCUAUGGAGGAAAAUGCUGAGGUAUUGAAGGAGAAAUGUCUAAAGUUUUGUAAAGGAUGCCGAAAAUACACAGAAGGGCUUGCGGAAGCAUAUGACAGAGACAUUUCUUUCGCCAGUGCCCUUGAAAUAUUUGGAGGAGUGCAUGAUGAUCCAACUUCUGUGGUAUUUGGAGGUCCUGAUAUGGUGAAUUGUGCUAUAGCCUUGAGAGAGAUCGGAACAUACAAGGAAACUCUACAAUCACAGGUGGAGGAUGUUCUAAUUGAGAGGUUACAACACUUCACUGUGGUUGAGCUUCCACAUGUAAAGGAAGCUCGGAAGCGUUUUGACAAAGCAAAUGUAAUCUAUGAUCAGGCUCGUGAAAAGUUUCUGGCACUGAGGAAAAAUACACGGUUGGACAUAUCUGUGGCCAUUGAGGAGAGAGCCGUUCCAGGAACUUCACCAAUCAAGAUCAAGUUUUGAGAGUGCCCGGUUUAAUCUGUUUGGAGCUCUUUCUUCCAUUGAUGAAAAAAAGAAGUUUGAGUUGUUGGAAGCUGUUACUAAUACAAUGUAUGCUCAUCUUCGUUACUUUAAACAGGGGUAUGAGCUUUUACAUCAGAUGGAGCCUUAUAUCAACCAGCUCUUGGCAUAUUCACAAAAGACCAGAGAAAGCUAUAUGUCUGAGCAAGCAGCCCUCUUAGAAAAGAUGCAAGAAUACCAAAGGAAAGUUGAUCAAGAAAAUAGGCAAUCCUUUAGUGGUUCCCAGAAUUCUCCAAAUGGUGAUGUCAUACAACCCUUUACCAGAGGCUCCCAUAAAGUAAUAAAAGCAGUCAUACAGUCAACUUUAGAAGGAAAGGUACAAACUAUAAAGCAAGGUUACCUGUCAAAACGCUCAUCUAAUUUGAGAGGUGACUGGAAAAGAAGAUUCUUUGUUCUUGACAGCAGAGGAAUGCUCUACUAUUACCGUAAACAAUGGAGCAGGCUAUCUGGAACUUCCAGUCCAAGUGCUUCCUCACACAGAAGUUCUUCUUCAGAAUCGGGUUCUUCUGGGCUAUUGAGUCGCUGGCUUUCCUCUCAUUAUCACAGUGGUGCUGUUCAUGAUGAAAUUUCCUUUGCACGUCAUACUGUUAAUCUAAUGACAUCAACAAUUAAAAAGGACGCUGAACAAUCUGAUUUGAGAUUUUGUUUCCGAAUUAUAUCUCCAACAAAGAAUUAUACCUUGCAGGCUGAGAGUGCAGCAGAACAAAUGGAAUGGAUUGAAAAAAUAACUGGAGUUAUUGCUUCUUUGCUCACUUCCCAGACACCGGUCAAGCAUUUCUAUUCAAGCCCCGCUAGUGUAAACAGUUCUAUUGGAAGUCCUCCAGAUUUAGAUCAAAAUGCAAUUGAAGAUUAUUCAUUGGGUGGUAAUAUCACCUCUAAAAGUAUUACACGUGCAUCGAGAAGUUCACUGCAGCCACACAACGGAAUUCAUGCGGGAAAACUAGUUGAUGCACUAAAAAGGUUGCCUGGGAAUGAUAAAUGUGCUGACUGUGGUUCACCUGAGCCAGACUGGGCAUCUCUAAAUCUUGGUAUCCUAAUAUGCAUUGAAUGUUCUGGUGUACAUCGAAACCUUGGUGUACAUAUAUCCAAGGUAAGAUCCUUAACACUUGAUGUUAAGGUGUGGGAGCCUUCCAUCAUCACUCUGUUUGAUGCAUUGGGUAACGUUUUUGCAAACUCUGUGUGGGAGGACUUGUUGCAAGCAAGCAGAACUUUUCCGGCUGAUGAGCUUCCAAAGCGGUUUGUGGAGACUGAUAAAAACGGACGUUUUUUCACCAAGCCCAAUCACUAUGAUCAAAUCUCAGUGAAAGAAAAGUUCAUUCAAGCAAAGUAUGCAGAACGGCGAUUUGUCUACAAGGUAAAGAACACUGUUGACAUGCUUUCGGUUGCUGAACAGUUGUGGGAAGGUGUCCUUACAAAUGACAAGAAGACAGUGUACCGUCUCAUUGUUGUUUAUGGAGUGGAUGUUAAUGCUAUGAACGGGCACUCAUCACCCGGUAAAGCAUUAACUCUAGCACUGACAUUGAAGUUAGACAGCAAAUCUUCAUGUUCAUUUGACCAUCCACCAAAAGGGAGUGAAGAUAAUAAGAUCCUUGAUGGAUGUUCCCUUCUUCACCUUGCGUGCCAGAUAGCUGACAUUGCCAUGGUGGAACUUCUCUUACAACACGGUGCAAAUAUAAACGCUUGUGAUUCAAGGGGACAAACCCCGCUCCAUCAUAGUGUCAUAAGAGGCAGGGUCAUGAUUGCCAAACUAUUACUUUCAAGAGGGGCUGAUGCAAAUGCCAAUGACAAAGAAGGUCAGAGCCCUUCUACUCUUAUUGCAGAUUUGGGGUUCGGUGAUGCCGAGUUGGUUGCUCUCCUCAAACAUGGAAACAGAUAGCCAUUGUUUCGUCUUCCCAGUAAAGCAACUUUUUAUUUAAUUAAAAUCUUACGCUCUUAUUCCGGGACAUGUCUCUAAACAAAGUGUACAGCUCUAAAAUCCAUUUCUUUCCCCUCAAUCUCAACUUUUGUCCCUCAGCAUCAUCUUACUUGACACUCGAGUAUCAGGCUGGUACACUCCUAAUAGCUUGUACACAAGCACAUAUUAUUUUCACCUCGGGGGUUUAAAACUUGGCAAAGGCAUGUGAACAUUCCUUCUGGCGAAGAAAGUUUACAUGUUAACAUUUGACCAUGAAUUACACAAUGCCAGCGUUUCAAAUUCUUGACCACGUCAUGCAUUUGGAAAGGGGGAUCAGGUGGUGGGAACUGGGAAGUAUACCAUUUCAAAUAUCCACAAACACAUUUAUCCCAUGCAUUGGCAAAUGGAGGUUGAUUAGUGUCUGGAUGAUUGGUUGGUUUUGUGGGUUGUUAUUUGGAGUUAAUUUUUACGAAUAUUCAAUGUCUGGCAGAUGUUUUGAAUAUAAAUUAUUAAAGCUUUUUUUUAACACCCUACCUAUUUAUUGAAUAAAAAAGAACGUACCUAGAGUAGGAGGACUAGACCAAAGCCUACUACGUAUAAUGAGAUUUUAA